AUGGCCUCUCGGAAGACUAUUUUAUACCUUUUCGACGUUGAUGGUACCCUGACGAAGCCGCGCCAGGUGAUUACAGAGGAGUUGAAAAAGUUCUUACUAGAAAAAGUGCAACGCAAGGUCAGCGUCGGCCUCGUCAGUGGAUCAGACUAUGCAAAAAUUACAGAACAAAUGGGCGGAGAUGAUGUCGCCGAGAAGUUUGAUUAUGUGUUCUGUGAAAACGGUGUGAUGCACUUUAGAGAGGGCAAAUUGAUAAGUUCAGAAAGUAUCCUCAGUCUUCUAGGAGAACAGUUGACACAGCGCAUUAUCAAUUUUAGUUUGGGUUAUAUGUCAAAGAUUGAAUUACCUGCGAAAAGAGGUAACUUUGUUGAGUUUAGAUCAAGUAUGAUCAAUAUAUGUCCUGUGGGACGAUCUUGCAGUCAGGAUGUGCGAGAUGCGUUCGUUAAAUACGACACAGAGCAUAAAAUUCGCCAAAAAUUCGUUGAUGCUCUUAAAAAAGAAUUUGCAGGCAAGGGAGUAGUAUUUGCACUUGGAGGGCAAAUUAGUGUAGAUGUUUUUCCUGAAGGGUGGGACAAAAGAUACUGCCUCAAGCAUAUAGAAGACCAGAAGUUUGAAGAGAUUCACUUUUUUGGAGACAAAACCACACCAGGCGGUAAUGACUAUGAGAUAUACAAUGACUCCCGGACAGUUGGCCAUGCAGUCACAUCACCUGAUGACACCAAAGAACAGGUCAAAAAGUGCCUUAAUAUUGAAUAA